ACGUGGGACAAGUAGUAAACAAAUCGUUGCAUUGAAGUUUGUGUAUUGAAUUAUAGUACCGUACGACAGAUAGUUUUUCACCAUGUCUGACGCGCACAAAAAAUCAGAAGAUGAUAGAUCCUUUUCAUCAUUGAAGGAUAAGGUAUCGGAGGAUACUUUAAAAGCAAUCGCAGAGAUGGGAUUUACAAAAAUGACUGCCAUUCAAGCUGCAGCAAUACCUCCAUUAUUGGAUGGACAUGAUUUGAUAGGAAGUGCUCAAACGGGUUCAGGAAAAACUUUGGCUUUUCUCAUUCCAGCUGUGGAGCUAAUUCGCAAAGCUAAAUUCAAACAUUAUAAUGGUACUGGAUGCAUAAUCAUUUCUCCCACUCGCGAGCUGUCGAUGCAAACUUUUGAAGUAUUGAAAAAAUUGAUGGCAACAAACCACAAACAUACUUGCUGUCUUUUAACGGGUGGCUCACGUACUACCCUGGAUGAAGUUGAACAGCUGAAAAGAGGAAAGAACAUAGUUGUUGCAACACCUGGUCGUUUACUUUACCAUUUACAAAGUACUAAAGAUUUUUACUUUGCACGUCUUCGGUGUUUAAUUAUCGAUGAAGCUGAUAGAAUUUUGGAUGAUGGAUUUGAAAAAGAAUUGAAACAAAUCAUCAAUAUUCUUCCAAAAGAGAGACAAACUAUGUUAUUCAGCGCCACCCAAAAUGAAAAAACAGUGGCUUUAGGAACACUCGUAUUGAAAGCAUCACCAAUUUACAUUGGUGUACACGAUAAUAAAGUUGAAGCUACAAAUGAAGGUCUAGAACAAGGUUACAUUGAAUGCCCCACAGAAAAAAGAUUUGGCACGUUACUUACAUUCUUGAGAGAAAAAAGGAGAAAAGAAGAAAAAGUGAUGGUAUUUUUCAGUUCGUGUAUAGCUGUGGAGUUUUAUUACAAAUUUUUCUUCAACAUCGAUUUACCAGUCAUAGAAUGGCAUGGAAACCAAACACAAGCUGACCGUACUAAAUCAUUAAAGAAAUUCUGCAAAGCAUCAUCUGGCAUUUUACUGUGUACUGAUGUUGGAGCAAGAGGACACGACAUUCCAAAUGUGGAUUGGAUUGUUCAAUAUGAUCCCCCACAGGAACCAGAAGAAUAUAUUCACAGAGUAGGUAGAACUGCUCGAGGUGAAGGCAGUACUGGUAACGCAAUAUUGUUUCUCCGUCCUGAAGAGCUCGGAUUUUUGAAAUAUUUAAAACGAGCCAAAAUCCCCAUAAAUGAAUUUGAAUUUUCACAAGGAAAAAAGAUACCUCAUUAUCAAGCUCUGUUCGAAGAGAAAGUUCUGAAAAACCCGUUCUUCAAAGGAUUGGCACAAAAAGCUUUCAGAUCGUACAUACGAUCCUACGAGUCACAUCGUUACAAACAUGUUUUUAACAGAAAUACAUUGGAUUUAGCUAAAGUAGCCAAAUCGUUUGGAUUGCCGUUUGUACCAGAAUUGAGUUCUCGAACUAACUCCGAUACGCGACCUCUUAAAAAUUUUAAAUCAUCCCGCAACGUACAAGAUAGAAAAGGGAAGUUUUCGCGAUAAGUUAUCUAUCGCCCAUCUAUUGUGCAAUUGUAAAUAUCUAUGUAAUAUUGAGUGUUAUUGUUAAAAAAUGUAUUGAUUUUAAUU